AUGGGAGGCGGACGAAAAUCGAAGCAGUUCGCGGAGGUAGCGCCGAUUUUUCGGAACCGCAAAGAUGGCGGCGCCAUGCGCGCUGAAGACGGCCACGGCUAUGACUCAGACUCAGUCGCCAGCGACACAAGCCGAGCGACCACCUCUACACACCUAAACAAAAAAGACGACCUCCAACACUUACUACACGAAAUUAAAGCUAAUAUGACGGCGGAAUUCGACAAAAACCUCACACCCAUUAAAGAGGGCCUAAUUGAUCUGACACACAGAACUACAGCCAUAGAGGAACAGCUAGACCGGACAGCUACGCGCACAACAGUAAAUGAAAAUGCUAUAGCCUCCCUCCAAGACCAGGUCCGUCAACUGGAAGAGGCCCAGGAGGACCUUAACAAUCGGUCCCGCCGCAAUAACAUUAGGAUACGCGGGGUACCUAAAAUGGUUGACAUGGAUGCACUGGGCCCAACACUGCGAGAGCUCUUUUGCGGCCUACUUCCAGAGGCCUCACCGGCGGAACUCCUGCUGGACAGAGCGCACAGGGCUCUGCAAACACCCCUGCCCAAUUCCACCCAACCCAGGGACGUCAUCAUAAAAGUGCACUUCCAUAUUAAGGAGGCACUCAUGCAAGCGGCCCGAAACACCCAACUGUAAAUAGAAGGACACCAAGUCUCCUUCUAUCAGGACCUGGCCCCGAGCACUUUAAGAAAGAGAAGGGAGCUACGGCCCCUCACACAGGAACUCGCAAGGCAACACAUCCGCUACUCAUGGGGGCACCCAUUCAAGCUGCAAGUACGGAAGAACAACCGCACUUACACCCUACAUAGCACCGCUGAAAUGUCCGACUUUGCUGAGAGUCUCGGCCUUGACCCUACAAUCCUCACCACUGACCCAACUCCCAGAAGAAACGAAAGAGGCCCUCCAUCCAGGAAUGCACCACCGCCUGCCAGUAUAUGCCAGAUACCCAACAGUCCGCGCCCCAGGGCCGAAAACUGAACGACACGACGACCACCCACCACCCUACACACCAACAGAAGACCGACAAACGAAUCAGCACAGACUACCCACAAAUGGCAGGAACACAGAUGGCAGGAACCAGUACACCAUUCGGUGUAAGCCACUAUACACGGGGGACGGUACCGCACUCGGUGCAAAUCACAAGGGUUACCCCGAACCUGCACACCACAUACGCAUCCUAGCUACCAUAGCAAGUGACACGGGGACAGGCCUUGCCUAUGUUAAUAACGGCCCCCUGCGGGCCGCAGAGGCUGUGGCCCCAGACACCUGCUACCAUGUCUGA